AUGAAAGUUGUUGAGGAGCCAAAAUGGAAAUUCAAAAGCAGGAGCAUCAAUGAGCACCCCAGUAGACAGGUGUCAUUGCUCCAGGAACUCACGAAAAAAUACGGAGAGGGUACUGUAGCCGCGUGGCUCGUAAACGCGAAAGAGAAUACGCGACUAAAGGACAUUGCAACAAAGCUGCAGACUCAACAAUUGGAGAGUUGGCGAAGCGACCGGAAAUCCAUCGACGACGUCAUAAAGUUGUUGCAGAUCAGUGACAAACCGAUGAGCCAACCGGUGCCUGCGAAGCCUCAAUACUUCGAAACAAUCGAUUUUGACCCAAACCUCCGCUCGCUGGAUGGAUACAUUGAGCUUCUUAACUCAAUGAACAUCAAACACAAAACGGACUUGUUAACGGUGUUGCGGAAAGCCUUCGGUGAUGAACGAGCUGAGGUGUUGGUUUCAAAACUCGCCCACAAUUCAGGCGAACCCGACAAAUACGCGAACAUGGUGUUUCGAAGCUGGAACGAGAACAAUUAUGACCAGGCAAAAGUUCUAACCAAGGUUUUCAAGGUGCCUGAGAAGAAUUGGGAGGAUCACAAUUGGAUGACGGCAGUUGCAGAGAGAUACGCACAGUUCUACAAGAACAAGAAUAACAUAGCUUAA